GUUGGACUCUCUCAAAUACAAACUUCUGUAAGACCGUAUCUGAGAGGAGAAGCGCAGAGGAGAGCAGAGCAGAGCUUCGCCCGCCCGCCGGUUGAACCAGUCAGUCCGUCAGUCGGUCAAGCAGGGAGGCAGGGAGGCAGUCAGUCAUAAAGUGAACGUCCUCCCUCUCUCUCUCUCUGUUGCAAAUUGCAAUUCUCCUCAUCCCAAAGUCGUAUGGGUCCGCCGGACCAGUGAGAGCGAUGCAUUCAUGAUGCACAUAUUCCCUUUCAUUCUGACCAGCAGGACCUCCCUGGCAAUAAUAGCAGGCAUAAUAAUAAUAUUAAUUUUCAUGCCCAUUCCAUGGCAGACCCGAAAAGAAGAAGGACGGGCGAUCUUUCUUGCGCCUGGGCAGUAAAUACUCAUCACCUCCGGUACAGUCCCUCGCUGUGCUUCCGUCUCUGGCCAGGCGCACCAAUUGAUACCCGCUCCCAAGUUCCCAGGGAGAAAGAAAGUCGGAGAGAAGCGCAGAAGGAAGCGAGAAAAUACUUCUCGCGAAAGAAGAAGAAGAAGAGUCGAAGCCAGGUGAAGAAAAGUGGGCCGGAAAUCGUCGACGGAGGGUAAAAUGAUCCGAGCGAGCCGGUGGAAAGAGGAGCGAGUAUCGACAAUAGAGCGGAUAAAGCUAUAGACAGUGAGAAAGCACUUUCAACCAUGAGAUCGAAUCCACCUCCCAUGCACUCUCAGCGCAUUGGUUUCUUUCGGCCAAAGUAAACCAAGAAAGUAGUUGGUACGUCUUCCAAAAGCGACCAACAUAUCGAUCCCAGUGGCUAUCCAGAUCCAAUUGCCGAUGACGACGACGACGACGAUAAUAAUAAUAAUAACCAUCCCGAUAAACUCGUCGUGAUAGACAGCUUCCCCGUCUCCUCGUCCUCGUUCCCUCGCUCGCUCGCUGCUUUGCUUCUCUAUCCAGAUCUCGCAGGAUUGAUUGUCCCUGUUCAGGCCAUAGCUUAGCUAGCGCCCGACGUUCCCAUCGCACACGUCUCGUCUCCGCCUCGUCUUCCCUCCUCCUCCUCCUGCCCCUCCCCCUGCCCCUCUCCUCGUCUCGUCGCUUCUCUUGUUGUUGAGUCCACCUGACCUCUC